AUGUCUGCCGUCUCUGGCUCCAGAGCUUGGGCCGCAAUUGCCUUGAUGGUCGUCACCGUCGUCUGCGGCGCGAGCUCGACCCUCUGCGCCAAGAUCAUCUUCUUGCUCGAGGUGUACGACUCGGAGGGGCAGCCCACCAACUUUUUCAAGCCGCUGGUCGUCACCACGCUCGUGUAUGGUUCGCUUCUCGCCUCGCUGCCGCUCCACGUCGCACAGUACAAGUUGCUGCGCGGAUGGAGCACGCCGCUGCCACUGCCGCGGAGAGGAACCGUCCUCACCCUCCUAUGGCCGGCAGUUUUUGACACGCUGGCUCUGACGUGCCUUCUCGUCGGACUGACAAAGGUGCGCGCUUCCGUUUACGAACCGAUGCGAGGGUCGAUCAUCAUCUUCACCGCAAUCUUUCGUGCGGCGUUGCGCAUGCCGCCCGUCUUGCAAGGUGGCCACCUUCUGGGAAUCGUCUUGAUCAGCGCGGCCGUUUGCCUGGUUGGCACCUCCGUGAUGGUGGAUUCCACGCCCGGGAGCGACCCGUCGAGCGGCAUCCUCUGGAUCACUUGCGGGUGCCUCCUUGUCGCGGCGCAGGCCGUGGCGGAGGAGAGAGUCAUGGAUUCGGACGGGAACGGCCCAGAGGCAACCACACCGCCCCUGGUUGUCAAGGGCAUCGAAGCGGGGUGGGGAAUGCUCUUGAUGCUGUUCAUCGCGCUGCCCAUCGCUGCCCUCGCGCCGGGUGACGACGUCGGCGGCUGCUUUGAGAACUCGCGCGACUCUCUGGUCAUCUUCUUCUCGCCAGACAACCCACUGCUGCGGAUGAUGAUCUCCGCCUAUCUGCUGGCAAUGCGCUUCUACUCUCUCGGUGCCAUCUUCGUCACUUUCUACCUCGACGGCUUGUGGCGCUCCAUUACGGAGUCCUUCAUCCCCCUGACGCUCUGGUUCUUCUCACUGCUGCUCUUCUACUUCUCCGACGGGGCCCAUGGCGAAGCGUGGACUCGCCAAUCUUGGCUCCAGCUCGCUGGCACCGCCAUCCUCCUAGUUGGGGUCGCCAUCUACAGCAGCGUCAAAGCUAGCUCUGCGGCCUCAGCGAGUGAGCGAGCGAGCGAGAGCGAGUCGAUUCAUCGGACACUCAGCCAGAAAGAUCAACUGUCAGGAAGCGCGUCGAGCUGA